AUGCACCAGGCCGAAUACCUUCCUCCAAGCGGCACAGACAUCUCGCUGGUGCUCCAGGGCGGGUACAAUCAUCCGUUGGCCCGAGUCUGGCAGAGCGAAAGACAGCUCACCAAGCUGAUGUUCAUCUUCCCCUUGUUCGUGAGCGAUGUGGAGGACGAGGAAACUGAGAUCCCGUCGUUACCUAGAAUCAAGAGACACGGCAUCAACAAGUUGGCUGCUUACGUAAGGCCGCUUGUGGAGAAGGGGCUCCGGGCGGUGAUUUUGUUUGGCGUCAUUUUGAAAGACGGCGUCAAGGACAGCGUGGGCUCGGCUGCUGACGAUCCUGACGGGCCGGUGAUCCAGGCGAUCAAGUUGUUGAAACGGGAGUUUCCGUCGUUGUACAUCAUGUGCGACGUGUGUCUCUGUGAGUACACGGACCACGGCCACUGCGGCAUUUUGAACGACGACGGUCUGUUGAAAAGGGAGCCCAGUGUAUUGAGAAUCGGUGCUGUGGCGGUCAACUACGCCAAAGCUGGAGCACACUGCGUGGCUCCGUCAGAUAUGAUGGACGGGCGAAUCAAGGAGAUCAAGUUGGGGCUCAUUGCCGCCAAGCUCGAGAACAAGGUGCUUGUGAUGUCGUACCUGGCCAAGUUUCUGGGCUCCCUCUACGGGCCUUUCAGGGACAUUGCUGGGCUGGCUCCUUCGCAUGGCGACAGAAAGCUGUACCAGUUGCCCUCGGGAGGCGCUGGCUUGGCCCGAAGGGCUCUUGUCAGAGACAUUGAGGAGGGUGCUGAUGCCUUCAUCGUGAAACCUUCCACUUUCUACCUUGACAUCGUCAACGAGGCGCUGAAAAUUUGUAAAGACUUCCCGCUUGCGGUCUAUCAGGUGAGUGGAGAGUACGCCAUGUUGCACGCUGCCGCUGAGAAGGGUGUUGCUGACUUGAAGGCCAUUGCGUUCGAGUCUCACAACGGAUUUUUGAGAGCCGGCGCCCGCUUGUUCAUCAGUUACUUCACGCCAGAGUUUCUCGAGUGGCUCGAUGAGGAGUAG